GGUGGUCAAGAAUUAUCACUCAGAUUUCAACAUGGAUUUUUUGUUUUGAAAUUAAAAGAAAAAGACACUCCAUAAGUACAUUCUUCCUCCAUGAUCACCUCAAAGCCUUGGCAUUACGGUUUGAAAACCUACAAAAGAGACGUUGCUGCUCUUGCGCAACAGCAGGACAGGUAUGUGAAGAAAUGCAUUAUUGGCUCGCCAAAGUGGAAGCCCAAGUUAAUUCAGUUCUCAUAUGGGAAUCGGAAAAGGCGAUUAACAACAAAUAACAACAAGAAAAGGGAAGAGGAAGAACAACAAGUGGUGGGUUUGGGAGAGAGAAAGGUGAAGUGUGAAGUGGAGGUCAUAUCUUGGAGGGAACGCCGGAUCAAGGCUGAGAUUUCAGUAAAUGCUGAUGUUGACUCCGUUUGGACCGCUCUUACUGACUAUGAAAGGCUGGCUGAUUUCAUCCCAAAUUUGGUUAGCAGGAUAUGGUUGGAGCAGAGAGGAUUGCAAAGGGCACUCUAUUGGCACAUAGAAGCUCGCGUGGAGACCCAUCGUGAACUUCACUUUUCAAUGGUCGACGGAGAUUUCAAGAAAUUUGAAGGCAAAUGGUCAGUGAAGUCUCGGAAAGGGUCCUCCUCAACAACUUUGGGAUAUGAAGUGAAUGUUAUACCAACUUUCAACUUUCCCGCAAUAUUUCUGGAGAGAAUUAUAAGCUCAGAUCUUCCCGUAAAUCUCCAGGCCUUAGCAUUCAGAUCCGAAACCGAUUUCAAAGGGAACCUGAAUACAGUCUCUCAAGGUUCUUUGAAUCAGCACUCUCUCUAUUGUGGAAGCACCAAAAUAGAAGGUUCCACUUCUCAAGGUAUCAAGGAUAAGUUUGUCAAAGCUGCUUUGCCCUCUUCCACUGGUGAGUUAAACAGCCACUGGGGAAUAUUUGGGAAAUCUUGUCCGCUCGACAGACCAUGCAUGGUGGAUGAAGUUCACCUUCGUAGAUUUGAUGGAUUAUUGGUAAGCCGAUUGAAUAUUUCUUUACAACUGUGCUUUUGGGUAACCAAUAUUGAUCAACAUGUUUCGGGGAUGAAGGAAAAUGGAGGUGUUCAUCGAUGUGUUGUUGCCUGCAUAACAGUAAAAGCUCCCGUUCGGGAAGUGUGGAGUAUUUUAACUGCGUAUGAAAGUCUUCCUGAGAUAGUUCCUAAUUUAGCUAUCAGCAAGGUUUUAUCUCGGGAAAAUAAUAAAGUUCGCAUUCUUCAGGAAGGUUGCAAAGGUUUGCUGUAUAUGGUUCUCCAUGCCCGUGUUGUGCUUGAUUUGUGCGAGCUUCUUGCACGAGAAAUCAGUUUUGAGCAAGUUGAAGGAGACUUCGAUUCAUUUCGAGGGAAAUGGAUUCUGGAGAAAUUAGGCACUCACCAUACGCUGUUAAAGUAUUCGGUAGAGUCAAAGAUGCACAAAAACUCUUUUCUUUCAGAAGCUAUCAUGGAAGAGGUCAUUUACGAGGAUCUUCCUUCAAAUUUGUGUGCUAUUCGUGAUUACAUUGAAAAAAGAGAGAUGGAAAAUCAUCAGGACACGGCCAGCAACAACAGUUAUGCAGAGAGAAUGAUGGCUUUACCGAACAACAGAAGCUCCUGUAAUUAUAGUAUGGAAGCUGAGAAUUCCAACUGCAAAUCCAGUUUAUCAAGGCAAAAACCAAAAGUUCCAGGCUUGCAGAGAGACGUGGAAGUUCUUAAAUCUGAGCUCUUGAAUUUCAUUUCUGAACACGGACAGGAAGGAUUUAUGCCCAUGAGAAAGCAGCUAAGGAAGCAUGGACGGGUAGACAUUGAGAAGGCCAUCACUCGCAUGGGCGGCUUUAGGAAAAUUGCAUCAUUGAUGAAUUUGUCCCUUGCUUACAAAUGCCGAAAACCAAAAGGUUACUGGGAUAAUCUUGAAAAUCUGCAAGAAGAGAUUAAUCGAUUCCAAAGGAAUUGGGGUAUGGAUCCAUCAUUUAUGCCAAGCAGAAAAUCCUUUGAACGUGCAGGUCGUUAUGACAUUGCUCGUGCUUUGGAGAAAUGGGGAGGGCUACACGAAGUGUCACGUCUUCUGUCUCUCAAAGUGAGGCAUCCUAACAGACAAGCUGCCUUAUCCAAGGAAAACAAUAAACCUGAGUACCUCAUCUCUAACAAUCUCAAUUUUAAGGACAAAAUAUCCCCACAACCACACACUUCACAAGAUACACACACCUGGCUAAUGAAGCUCAAAGACUUCGACAUAAAUUGGGUAGAAUAAUGUGCAUGCUGUCUACUCUAAAUUUAUAACUACAUAGUGGCUACAUCUCUGCUAACAUUACCCAUGUUUUUCAACUAGGAAGAUGCAUGUGAUUAUAUAAUUUUUUUUUAUUUAAAAUUUUGUUAUUUUAUUUGGUUUAUACCUGUAUUAUAUAUAGUUUUUU